AUGGAAAGGAAAUAUAAGCUAAAAUCCCGAAACACGGCCUUCAGCUGCAUGAUAGCGUUCCUCCUUCACAAAUUCUGUCUUGCUCAAAAAAUUUGUUCAGUUCCCUCAGAGCCUGUGACUAUUAAAGAGAACAACACAAUCGAUGCUGUUGUUGUCCAUAUUAACACAACAACAAAGAACGUCACACUGACUCUCACCGAGAACCCAGACAAUGCUUUUGACCUGAGGGGCUUGGAUCUGAUCGUGAAGAAACGCCUUGAUUUUGAAACUCUGUUAAAUCCUGAGGCGCUCACAGUUCAAAUCCGCUGCAAUAAAACAGGAUCCAGAAGUAUUACUUUGACGGUACUUGUUCAAGUCGAAAACAUCAAUGACAACCCUCCUUCAUUUGCCCAGAGUAAAUACACUCUAGAUGUUAAUGAGCUCACACCUGUUAACACCAGUGUGGCCCAGAUCGAAGCAAAAGAUGAUGAUUCAGGAGUUUUAUAUUACGCCUUGGAGCCAACUCUGAACCCAUAUUUCCGACUGGAGAACAUGUACAAGCCAAAUAUUCUUGUCAACAAGACUUUAGAUUAUGAUGUCAUCCAGCAGGUGAAACUGACCUUAUAUGUGCAGGACAGUCCACCAUUGUCACCGCCAGGCCAAAUCACCUUCACAGCCACCACGAUGAUUGUCAUCAACAUAAAAGACAUUGACAACCGUCCGCCCUGGUUCCAGCCAUGCACGAGAAUCAAUAUGGGUACUGCCAAGAUCUGCCUGAGUGUUGGAUAUAAGGGCAGAGUCAACUUAACAGAAAGACAGGAAGAACCGCUCCAGUUAAAUCCAGGACCGAUCUUCGCAAGAGAUGGAGACAAAAGCAGAAAUGAACAGAUUAGCUAUAAAAUUGUUAGAGGAAAUGACGACAACAUAUUUCAAAUAGAUGAAAAAACGGGAAACCUAACCAUGCUAAAACCAGCAGAUAUCACAGGUCCAAUAACGCUCAUAGUUUUGGCUUCCCAGGUGUUAAACCGCGACCAGUUCGCUUCCACUUCAGUCAACAUUGAGGUGAUGAAAAAGAGCAGGAACCCACCAAAAUUCGAGCGGGAGCGCUAUGAGGCAUACGUUUACAGCAACUCAGGCCCUGAGAACAUGGUGCUCAGGGACAGGACUUCAAAUAGACCCUUCAGAGUCAGAGCCAGGGAUGACGACUUUGCAAACGGAAUAAAUCCUGACAUAAGAUAUGAAGUACAGUACAGCAGUUACGUCAACAUAACCACAGACGGAUUUGUGCUUCUGAAAAAACCUGUUCGGACGGACUCUUUUGCUUUACAAGUUCGGGCUGUUGAUGUGUCAACGGGUGAGUCGGGGACGGCGGCUCUGUCCGUGCUUGUCCUACCUCCUGUGGGAGUCCAGUCGCCCUCAGAGGGAUAUCGUCCUGGAGAUAUGGCCUUGCUGGGUUUCAUAAUGGCUGCCUUGCUUGUUCUCUGUCUCAUCGUGAUUGGUUAUCUCCUCUCCCGUCUGAAGAAAAGGAACCCAGACACAUUCAAGUUAUCAGAGUGUUUAGGUCCAUGCUUGCAGCCCACUGACAGGUUAAGGCCAAGAGACAGCAUGCAGUUCACCAAUGAUGGCUUCCUGAACGAAGCAGACAUGAGCAGGUUGGCAAUGAGGCGGCCAGAGAAGAGAGACAGGAAGCAGGAAGUGGCUCCGAAGUGGAGAGUCAGGGUGACCCCACGUGAGCGGCAAGGACACUGCAAUUCCUGUGGCAUGCGAGUCCACUCGAACCAUGUGCACCGUAGCAGCCCUGCUCUCCACCCCAAAGCCCAAGGAUCUAAAGUCAGAUCCAUCCUGGCUAAAGAGAGAAGGAAGGACAGACAGAAGACGGUGUGGUUUAAAGAGAGCGAGGAUUCCUCAGACAUCGAAGUGGAGAUCAUUCCUGAUGACAUAGGGCUUAAACACGAGGAAGAGGACAACGACUCAUCAUCUCUGGCUCGAAAAGCCAGUGAUAUGGAACUGGGUGAGCUGACUAUGACGAACAUCCAGGACUUUGACAAGCAGCAGGAAAACGUUUCUGACCACCAAGAGCCACCAGACCCAGAUAAAACAGGCCAGUGAGUGUCAAGAGGGCUUGAAUCAGCAAAGCACAUCCCAAUAAGACUUAAAUCAGUCUUUCUUAAGCUGAUAACAGGGUGACUCCAUGAUUUGGGUGCCAUUUAUUUCCCACUGAUAUUACAUUUACAGAUAUGUUUAUAAAAGUAUACAUGAAAGACCUCUAGAAAAACUAUGAUAAGCAUUUUUACCUGUUUCAACCUACUAUAGCUACAUUUUAUCAUAUAUUUAAAAGUUAUUCCAUGAAAUCGAGUCAUACAUGAGCUGAUGGUCGACGAGGCGCGUAGCAUCAAGUUAGCUAUAAGCCAUGUACAACGAGAUUGAGUGGAAUAACUUUAUUCUAUCCACAUUCACUGGAUUUUGAGAAA